AAUCGAUCGGUGCAUCGAUCGAUCUCUCUCCGCCAAGAACUAUAUAAGCGACCGCGGCCACACGUAGAUGCCAUACCAUCCAAGAAGAAGCUCGAUCGAUCUCCAUUGAUCCGCUUAGCUAGGCCAGCCAUUUCGUUGGCAAUGGCUGGCGGCUCCGCGCUCCGCGUCGCGGUACUCGCCGCCGUGCUCGUGCUCCCGUUCGCCGGCGUGCCGGCGGCGGCGCAGACCAAGAAGUUCUGCAUCAGCCAGUUCGCCAUCGCCAGCCAGGCGUGCGCCGUCCUGCCUCCCAGCGACCCGCAUCACCACCACCAUGACGACGACGACGACGAUGACGACGACGACGACGACGAGGAUCACCAUGGUGGAGACGAUGAUGACCAUGGUGGCGAUGACGACGACGGCGGUGAUAGUGGAGGCGACGACGGCGGUGACAGCGGAGGCGACGACGGAGGCGGCGGAGACGGAGACCGUCGCCGCCGCAAGUCCAUGGUCACCGUCGACGCCGAGAUAGACAGCGCCGGCGACCAUAGCACCAACGGCACGAUCCGCAGCGGUGGCGGCAACCACACUCGCGGCAGUGGCCGCCGCAGCCGCCGCCGCCGCCGCCGGCACCGUGGUGUGCGUGAAGGGGACGACGACGACGGCGACGACGACGAAGGCGACGACGACGACGGCGAUGACGAUGACGAUGACGACGACGACGACGACGACGACGAGCACCGCGCGUACAGCGACUGCUGCCGGUGGCUGAAGGAGGUGGAUCCGGCGUGCGUGUGCGAGGCGCUGCUCCGCCUGCCGCCAUUCCUCACCAAGCCGCAGCACAAGUACACCGUCAGAGUCGCCAAGAACUGCAAGCUCACCUACAGGUGCGGCGGCUACUAAGCUAGCUACCUAGUGCAUGCAUGUACUACCCAUGCAUUCCAAAGCUGCAAUAUUUCUUCAAGAUUAUGUCACCGGUAAUUAUAGAAUGUAACAACGGGAAAACGAGGAGUUUUCGGCUUAAUUAAUUAGUAGAGCUAGAUGCAUAAUGUGUCAUAGUAUACGUACUGGUGUGUGUAUGUUCCUGAUUAAUACUGUUCGUGUGUACUCUGUAAUGUUGCUAAGAACACGUACUGGUGUAUGAUGCGUCUGAUGAUGAUCAGUGUUGUACACGAGCGUACAUGCAUGCAUGCAACUUGCAUUGCAGACUGAAAGCUUCUGUACUGCGUGCCAUAUAUAAAUAAAUGUGUGUAUUUAUCUUGUAA